GGCAAAAACCUGACUUCAGUAAAGUCGUAUAGUGUUAGUAUUGAAAUGAAUAGGAUGAAGGGCAAGGUGGCUAUAGUCACAGCAUCUACUGAAGGGAUUGGAUAUGCUAUAGCUAAAAGAUUAGGAAAUGAGGGUGCAUCUGUAGUAAUAUGUAGUAGGAAGGACAACAACGUUCAGAGAGCAGUUAAAGAGCUUCGUAGAGAAGGUAUAGCUGUUGAGGGCGUAGCAUGCCAUGUUGCAGAUGCAGAACAGAGAAAGACAUUAUUUGAUACUGCCAAUGCUAAAUUUGGGGGUGUGGAUAUAUUAGUAUCAAAUGCUGCAGUUAAUCCAGGAGCAUCGCCAAUGUUAGAGGCAGAAGAUGCCACGUGGAACAAAAUAUUUGAAGUGAACGUGAAAAGCUCUUGGUUGCUGGCUGAGGAAGCCUACCCUAAUCUCGUCAGGCGAGGCGGUGGUAGCAUAGUGUUUAUUUCGUCCAUAGUUGGAUAUAAACCUAUGUGGCCUAUAGGUCUGUACAGUGUGAGUAAGACAGCAUUGAUCGGGUUGACUAAGGCUAUAGCGAAUGAAGUUGCGCGUGACAACAUAAGAGUUAACUGUGUGACGCCUGGCGUUAUUGAUACAAAAUUUGCUUCGAUAGUAAGUACAUGCGACUAG